CAGAAAACUGAUUUCACGAAAGAAAAAAAAGAAUCUGAAUAACAAAAAAAAAGAAAUGGGAGCUGUGAAGAAUCUUUGGGCGAAAAUGGUUGCCGGAGACGGAGCUAAUGGCGAUCACGGCCCCGAUUUUCCGUCUUCUUCGCGCGCCGUCGACACUUCUUUAUCUCUCUCCGUCAUGACUCCUCAUAUCAUAGCCUUAUGCAAAGAUAUAUUCAAGAAGUGGAAAGCACUUGAUGAUUCUCUCUUCUCUGUCGAGAGAGUUUCUGGUGGCAUCACAAAUCUACUGUUAAAGGUUUCUGUGAUGGAAGAAACUGGGAAAGAAGUAUCUGUAACAGUGAGAUUGUAUGGACCUAACACAGAGUACGUUAUUAAUCGGGAGAGGGAGGUGCAGGCUAUCAAGUAUCUCUCGGCUGCAGGCUUUGGUGCCAAGUUGCUUGGUGGAUUUGAAAAUGGCAUGGUGCAAUCUUUCAUUAAUGCCCGUACCCUAGAACCUUCAGACAUCAGAAAACCAAUGAUUGCUGCUGAAAUUGCCAAACAGCUACGGAAGUUUCAUGAAGUGGAUAUACCAGGUUCCAAGGAACCUCAGCUGUGGAUUGACAUCUUCAAGUUCUUUGAGAAAGCAUCUACUCUUAGCUUCGAUGACUCUGAUAAGCAGAAGCUCUAUGAGACGAUUUCGUUUGAGGAAUUGCGUAAAGAAAUUGUUGAGCUAAGGGAUUUCACGGGUCGUCUUAAUGCACCUGUGGUGUUUGCUCAUAAUGAUCUACUUUCUGGAAACCUGAUGUUGAACGAGGAAGAAGAGAAACUAUAUCUGAUCGAUUUUGAGUAUGGGUCGUACAACUAUAGAGGCUUCGACAUCGGGAACCACUUCAACGAAUAUGCGGGAUACGACUGUGACUACAGUUUAUACCCGAGUAAAGAAGAACAAUACCAUUUCCUCAGGCAUUAUCUACGGCCAAACAAACCACACGAGGUAUCGGAAGCGGAAUUGGAUUCUCUUUACGUCGAGGCAGAUGUGUACAAACUAGCAUCCCAUUUGUACUGGGCAGUAUGGGCAAUCAUACAGGCAAGGAUGUCGCCCAUCGAAUUCGAUUAUUUGGGUUACUUCUUCCUGAGGUACAACGAAUACAAGAAGCAGAGGUCCGAGUCUUUUUCCCUUGCUACAUCUUACUUGUCCUGAAUCCCUUGAAAGCAUAUGAUAUCAUUCUAGUUUAGUUUAGUUGACUGACUGAUCCUUUGGUAAAAAUACGUUUUUUUAGCAAAUUAUCUACUGGUUCUUUUU